CAUGUAGCAAACAGUGUCCGUCCGGCUGGUCGACUCGUCUCGGUGCUGAAUAAUCACGUGACUUUAUUAUGAAUGAACCAGCGUGAUUUACGGAGCGGAACCGGCGGGCAGAGCCUCGGAAUGGACCCGGUACACAGAGCUCUGCUGCGGUCGCACCGGCUGGAACUGUCCGGGCAGCUGCUGGUCAGCGACAGCAUCGUUCCGCUCCUGCUGCAGGAGGAGGUGCUGACGGAGUGCCAGGCGGAGCACAUCGAGGCUCAGCCGAGCAGCAGGAGGAGGUGUCUGGCUCUGCUGGACCUGCUGCCGGCCCGCGGGCCCCGGGCCUUCGACUGCUUCAUGCGGUCUCUGGAGGACUUCAGCUGGGUCCGAGACAAGCUGCUGCUGGAGCUGCAGGCCGGACCGGGACCCGGAGCUCCAGAGGUCCGGCUCCCUGACCUGGUUCUGCAGAAGGUUCCAUCGGACCUGGUCUUGUCCCGGCUGGCGUCCCGGCUGGGCUCAGAGUGGGAGGCGGUCCUGAUGGGUCUGGGUCUGUCCUCGGAGGACCUGUUCCGGUGUCGGUCCGAUCACCCUAUCAGUACUCACGGAGCGGUUCUGGCCGGUCUGGUUCAGUGGAGACGACGUGGAGGGAAGACGUCCACGGUCCAGACACUCCUGAGGGGUCUGCAGGACUCUGGAGUCCACCCGUCGGUUCUGGAGGACGUCCUGCUGUGACCCGUGUUCAUCUUCUAACGGGUCACCAAAGCUUCUAUUUCAUAACGUUUCUAUUUCAUAACCUUUAAUAAUGUUUUAGUCUCUUUAUAUAUUUAUAUCUGCAAAGCCACGAGACUCCACUGACAAAAACAUUAUGUGUAUUUAUAUAUAUACAUAUACAUAUACACACACACACACACACACACACACACACACACACACACACACACACACACACAGUAACACACACAUACAGCCAUAGUAGCACACACACACACACACACACACACACACACACACACACACACACACACACACACACACACACACUCACUAACAAUGGCGUCUCUCUGUUCUUCAUAUUUAAGGUGGACUGACGAGAUAAAAAAUUAAAAACACCAAAAUGUUUUUAUGUUUAUAUUAAUAAAUAAAUAUUAUAUAAAUCUC